AUGGCCGGAAUAUUCUAUUCGUACCUCACACGCCUGAGUGACGAAGAGUUCAAGACUUUACUCAAGCUCUUCACUCAAGCAUGGAACGAGAUCCUGCUAUCUGAAACGGCCGAAGUCCUGUCACAAUACUUCACGGAAAAACCUCCUGCCCCUCGACUCCAUCCUCUCCACAACCAGGACCCGGAUUUGAUUAUUCUCGAGGCCAACCAGAGCUUCCUCAGAUCGCUAAGGAGUCUACGAGAUACAAAUCAAAGCUACUUAAACAUCUUACAACAAGGCUCUGCAAAGUCUUCCGCCCUGAUUCCUUACCGUGACAUGAUUGCGCGACUACCUCCCACACCCAGGAUACCACAACUUGCUCCAAGGCAUUUCCAUCACACUCGAUAUGGAGAAGGCAAUUCUGAUCCAAGCCAAAGCCCUGAUGUGGCGGGAUGUGCAGUUGAGCUCAGCUCGAUGGGCUUGACCGGCAGCUAG